GUAAACAUCAUAAUGAGUUUUGUGAAGUAAGCAGAGCAUGAUGACGUUAAUGCUACCAAUACAACAACAACAAACACAUGUGGUAAGCGAUUGUGCGUGUGGGUGUGUAUGUGUGCAUUUCCGGCGCAUCAGUCAGUCAGCUUCGUUGGCGGCAAUCCGCGCUCAUUGAUAAAACUGCCAACGCUGGUUGCUGUGGACUCAGUUCGCCACGGACCACUGACGGAUGCAGAUGCAUUCAGCGCCAGCUGUUGGCAGCCAAAACGCGAUUAGCCGUUCCUCAUGCAGAUACACGCGUACGCCGCCUCUAAUCGACAAUAAAUUGUUGCUGAUUACUGGAUUUUUUUUGCACUUCUGUCCGUUGCAAGUGUAAGUUUUUGUCGUGAGUGGCUUGUGCGUAGAAGCUUAAUAAUUUUGGCGAGUCAUUGCGUUGUCGGUCUCUUUGCGUUUGGCGUCGCGCUGUCGAUUAGUGAACUGCACGUCUCGAAUGCGCGCCUUUCUUUGACAAUGUAAAUAAGUGAGCAAAUCAGGCACAGACACACGUUUGCAUAUUUGUGAUAUACUUGUAUAUAAGUUUACAGAAAAGUGUUUGUGUAAUUCGUUCGAAUCGCUUGAAGCAACGCUUCCAACUGCGGUGCCGCCUGGAGAAUGGCAUUGUGUUGGUGUGAAGGCUUAACUUUGGCACAGGUUGCGCUUCGAUUGCAUUGUGCUGCCUUUAAAAUGCCAUUUGCAUGUUUUUAGCGUGAAAUAUGGUGCCAAAGAAUCGCAAUUGACGCGAACUAAAUAAACAAAAAAUAUUAAAGAAAGUUAAGAGUUUGACAAAUAGCGAAGGCAAUAUUUCAGCCGACCACUAGAGAAAUUUUAAUGUGUGCAGUGAAACGUACGUAUAUGAAAAGGGACAUGUUGUUACCGUUCGUCAGUUCUCGGUCGGAAAAAACUUCAAGGACAGCUGGCAACAGUCGGCGUAGACAGCCACAGUGAGGCAGCCGAAAUUUCACAAAUAAAAAUGAAAACCUCAAAAAGUUGAACAAUAACGAAGCUGCACUUGGUAGAAAAAAUAACAACAACAACUAUAACGUUUAACGACAAGUGAUUAAAGCAACAAAUUUGAAAGUGGUGUUGAAAUGGGCAGCAGCAGCAGCAACAACAACAGCAGAAUAGCAGAAGCAGAAGCAGUUGGUGAUUGCAUUUUUAGCAGCGGCGAAGGCAGCAGCCAAACCAACAGAAAAAACAAAGACUACAACAACAAUAAUAACAACAACGCCUGCAGCAAUUGCUUGCCAGCGCAAGGAGCUAAAUUUAUACAAACAAAUUCCGUAGAUAAAGCAACAAUUGUUGUUGUUGCUCAUAAUUCGGAACAUAAACAGCCAAGAGAGCGCGACCGUCAAAGACGGAACAAGCUGGAAAGGAAAAUCAACGAAAACAAAGCGACUAUAAUUAAUAGUGCACCGCAACAACAACAACAACAACAACCUAAACGAGAGCAACAGCAUAGAACUGCUGCCGUCAACGCCAACAGCAGCUGCUGCCACAUCAACUUUGACAUUCUCAUAAGCAAAAUAAGCACCAACACAAUUGCCUUGGACGUGUUGCUCCGGGCACAUACUGCGAGUGUAUGUAAUAUUGUUGAAAUGGUAACCACGUGGCGUGUCAGGAAUAGCAAUCGUCGCCGGAGCGGCAUCAGCAAGCGUGCAAGCAACAGUUUAAGCAACAACAACAGCAACAACUACGCUCCGAGCAUUUCCAACACGUCGCCAAUGAUUGGGAGUAAUAACAGCUACGACAACAACAACAACAUCAGCACCACUAAUAACAAUAACAGUAACUUUGGUAGCCAAACUGGUCGUGCCAUUAUGUCCGUUGCAACAACAAUUGCCUCAACCUCCGCAACGAUGGCGAUUGCGAAUAUACCCAGCAAUCUGUUGCCACCCACCGGCAGUGUAGGUGGUUUUGACAACAACAACACAAACAUUAACUGGUCAGUUGACGGCGUUAGUUGGCCGACUUUAAAUCAAUCAGCGACAGACAAAGUCGAUUUAAUUGAAAUGGAUUUGGCAAAUGAAACGUUUAGCUCCGCUUAUCCUGCGCUAAGACGUUAUCAUGGCGACUAUGAUGUGUCAUACAUAGCGAGAAUAAACCCAUUUUGGCUGCAAUUCGAACCGCCAAGUACCCGCACCUACUAUAUUAUGGCCAUAAUCUAUAUCAUCAUAUCAAGCAUCGGUUGUCUUGGCAAUUCACUCGUCAUAUUUAUGUUCGUACGCUGCAAAUCCUUACGCACACCUGCGAACACAUUGGUCAUCAAUUUGGCUGUGAGUGAUCUUCUCAUGUUAAUGAAAUGUCCGAUUGCAAUAUUUAAUAAUUUCAAGCAGGGUCCUGCGCUUGGUGAUGUUGGUUGUCGCAUUUACGGCUUCGUUGGCGGUCUUAGUGGCACCGCAUCAAUUGGGACUUUAACUGCCAUAGCACUCGAUCGGUACAAUGUAGUCGUACAUCCGCUCGACCCACUUCGCAAGACAGCCAAAGUGCGCUCCGCGUAUAUAAUCACAAUAAUUUGGAUUUACAGUUUUGCAUUCUCCAUUGUGCCAGCGCUAGAUAUUGGCCUCUCCGUAUAUGUGCCCGAAGGUUUCCUCACCACUUGUAGUUUCGAUUAUCUGGACAAAGGUUUGGGACCGCGCAUAUUUAUGUUCUCUUUUUUUGUGGCCGCUUGGUGUGUGCCCUUCGGCAUCAUUUGUUUCUCAUACUUCUACAUACUGAAAGUGGUAUUCGCCGCCAAUCGUAUACAAUCCAGCAAAGACAAAAAUAAGACUGAACAAAAAUUGGCGCUUAUAGUGGUGGGCAUAAUCGGUUUGUGGUUUCUAGCCUGGACACCGUACUCCAUCGUCGCUAUGAUGGGUGUUUUUGGCAAGCAGAAAUAUCUAACCCCGCUGGGUUCCAUGAUACCGGCACUCUUCUGCAAGACUGCCGCCUGCAUUGAUCCUUACUUCUAUGCGGCGACACAUCCACGUUUUCGUAUGGAAUUCCGACGUCUGUGGCUGGGACGUGGUAACUUGCGGCGCACCUCAACGACGCGCUCCUCAUAUCUAACACGUUCGUCGACACGCCGUUUACGCGUUAUCAGCGAUGUGGACGUGCGAAAUCGCUGCAUUGAAAAUGCGAAAAAGCAAAAUAAUUUGCAGGCUCUGCAGGAAGUGACAGAGGAGAAUGAUGAGGAUUAUGACUUUUCAAUACCAGGAAAUUUUAGUGACGGCAUAGAGCAAAGUCGUUUUUAAUAAAAGGAGGUUCGCGUUUUUAAAUGUGAAUAGGACAGUUGUUGUAGUUGCAGAAAAAUACUGUUAUAGUCAUAAAAAUACAUACGUUAGCUUAUUAAGUAUAUGCUUAUGUAUCUAUGAAUAUGUGUAGAUAAUAUGUGAUUUAUGAGCGUGUAGAUGCUUUCUUAGCCCUUAAUAAUAUAGAAGUAUGAAUAUAAGUAAGGUAUACUGAUACGUCUGUAACCACAGUUUACAUUAGGCUAAAAACCACCUGAGUAAAUAUAUGUGUACAUAUGUAUGUGGUGUAAUGAAUCUGUUGGUUAGUGUAGAUAAUACUAGAGAUAAAUUAGAAAAUAUGCCAAUUAAAUCAUUCAUGGAAUUUAUUUGAUAUAAGGAAUGUAUUUCUUAUAGAUUUUCAGGCUAAAUUAGGGAAAACGUAUCACUAUUAAAGCUAAUUCGUAGCUACCAUGUUGAACAAUAAAACUCUCAAAAUUAUUAAACAAAGUUGAGACAAUUAGAUUGAUAGAUUUCUCAAAAAGCCCUCAUAAAUGGUUUUGACUUCAGUCUGACAUCAAGGUGGAUAUAGUUACCAUUCUAUGAAUUAGAACAUUUACUUUGCGAACAUUUUGAUAUUUCUAGGCAAAAAAUAUUGACUUUCAUGCAUGGUAAUUAUGAAGCAUUCAAAAAAUAUAAGUGCGUGAUGUCUUUUCAUAGUUUUCUCAAUUGGCAGCGCCGCUUCCUAGUAUGUCUGUGGUUUUAAAGACCAAAAUGAGCUGACUGAACAUUAGUUCAAAAACUUGGCUGUGCAGAGAUCACGCCUUUGCUGUACUCCUUGGGCAAAAUAAUUCAAGUAAUUGAACCACAAAAUCCAUUGUUUUCUAAGAUGAAGAAUAUUCCUGAAAAUGAAUGUGUUUUUCUGUGCGAGAAUACUUGACAAUGCAAAUUUCAUAGCAGUUUUCAUAUUUAAAAGCUAUUCUUUUUCUAAAAUAAUAACCAAGGAAUAUUUUGUACACCGUAUAUAUUGAUCUCCAGAUUUGUAAUCAAUGUUUUGAUCCUUCUGAGUUCACGUUGGGGUUGGUUGUGUAGUCUCAAUUUUAUUUACAACACGUAUUUCUUAUUAGUAUGUUAUAAUUGACACUUACAUCUUUGCUGGAGCUUCUUAUCCUAUAAUAAGUACAUAUGUAUGUAGUGUGCGCCUUAAUGUCUAAAAAAUUGUAAUCAGCUUCCCAUUAACUGUUGUUAGAAACAUACUCGUAAAUUUUCCAUUGACAUCCAUAGAAUGACCAUAGUUAAUAAAAAAUAAUGUCCAAGUCAUUUUUUAAGAUUUUCAAUCCGCCAUUAGGAAGUUAACGUUUAUGCUAUGUAAGUAUCUUUUUGGUUCAACACUUCUGGGACCAUGUAAUGACAUUAUAUUAUAUAUAUAAUACAUUAUGAACUAUUAAUUUCAUGUUAGGUAUAGGUCAACGUAAGUUUGUAAUGCUAAAUUCGAAUAGGAAUACAUGAUUGUAAUGUGCGAAAUGAAGUACCUGCUAUCGAAAAUGAACGAAUUUGUAGUAUCUAUUAUUAUUAAUGUAAUGUAACUGAUUUACCAUUAACGGCAUAUAAUAUACUGUUAAAAGUACUCACUCUAAUUUGAAAAUAUGCAAUGUUGAGGCGUUUUGUUUACUUAUGUGUAUGUAUAUACGCAUAAAUACUCACAUGUACAUACAUACUGCUUAAAUCAUAACGAAAAGUCAACUUUUUUCAGACGCUUAGUAAAAAAAAGUUCAUUGUGUGAUCAUUGUAUGAAAUCGUUUUGCAUUUUAGGCAGUCGACGCAUCCGCCAACUGAAAAUGAUAAAAGAUAAUUAUUGCGAAAGGAAAAUAUUUACCUGUGUAACGAUGUAACGGUGUACCGGCGUAUCAUUGUUAAUGAGCGGCAAUAUGCUGACAUAGAAAUGAAUACAGUGGUGGGCAAGGAAAUGGGGUUGGGUAAAGAAUAUUUAUGUUGUUGCUCUAUAAACGACACCAAGUUGUUAAUUUAUAACUUAACUCACAGAUAAAAUCAAAUUUCAUAAUUUCAUAUUAAUGGAAUUAUGAAUAUAAGUAGCUAAUUGCAUAUUCACUCAAAAUAAAUCAACAGAUUAUAAUCGAUAUUUGCUAAAAUUGUCGUCAAAUAUAUAAUAAAUCUCAAUUUACGAAAUAUAUGUUAGAUGUAUUUUCGCUUACUGUUUUAGAACUACAAGCCUGGAUAUUCAGCCUAUUAUAUUUUAUUUAAGUCGUAGCAGGAUUGCCUUUUAUAUUUCGGGAUUAGAGAACAAAAACACAAUUAUUUUUCAAAAUAUUCUUCUUCAAGUUCUAUGCACUUUUGCAUGCGUUUAAACAUAUUGCUCAAGCACUUUUACCACUCUGAUCUGAAAAAAUGUACCGAUUAUAUUAAUUUUUACGUACGGGUAUAGAAAGAAGUUAUUCGGGGCCAAGUCAGACGCGUUUCGAAGUACCACUAUCGAAUUUUUGUAACAUUUCUCUCGACCAAUCGACACGAGCCUUCUUUUAAGCGAUUGACAAAUUGUGUUUUUUUGCAAUUAAAUAUUCAUGCAAUAUUUUAUGUAUUCUGGUCCCAGUAAUGCCUGCAGUUGUCUCAAUCUCACGAUAGUUCACAUGACGAUCUUGCAAUAUCAAUUUGCACACAGCAUCAAUAGUUUCCGGAACAACAACUGAUUUUGGGCGACCACUGUUGCUGCGUUAAUCCACGUCCAAAGUUUUAAAAAAUAAUCGCCUAAAAGGUUUGCGAUUUAACUACAUUUUUUUGUCGAUAUGUAUAUUUUAAGUUACUGUUAACAACACAAACAGCGCUCGUAUUUCUAAGCGUUCUAAGUACGUAUAACAUCAAAAAUGUCAAACUUUCCGAUAAAGUUCUGAGUUGCCAGAUUGCAACACUAGAGUUAUCAAAUCCCGAAAAGGCAAACUACGUAGAAAUAAAAAUUAUUUUAUCUGUCUACGGUUUUUAAGAGAUAUUUGCGUAUCACAUUAAUAUGCAAUUUGUUUGCCCCAACAAUUAUUGCCGCUACUGUAGAUGCGCCCAUGUACUUAGGGUACGCAAAAUCAAAGGAUAAUGUACGACCAAAAAAUCUAUUCAUUACUUUACUUAUAUAACCAUUAUUCAACAUAGCUGCAUAUAUUUUUAAGAGUAUUUGUGAUGUUAAGUUAAUCGUAAUUAAGGACAACAGAAGGAUGGAAAUGGUGGCAAAGCAGAACAAAGGCAACGCAAUAAUUCUAAAACAAAAAAAAAUUAAAUAAAAUAAAAAACGAAAAUUACACUUCCACGAAUACAAACAAACAAAGGUAAAUGCUGGCUGAAGGGAAAUGAAGAGGAAAACAUCAGACUAAUAGCUCUGAGCCACAACUUAUACACGCCAGUACUAUAACUAGAGUAAAAUAAAUGCAAGUAUGUAAAAAGUGCCGUUCUAAGAGUAUUUGCGUUAUGCUUUGCUGUGCGCUUUGUUGUAAUUGUUUUCUUAUAAUGCCAUGAAAGAAGAAAUUAACGAAUGCAGAAAAUCUGAUGACAAAUUAAAUAAGAUAUUGGAAAAUAAAAAUGAAAAUAAACUGCAAUGAUAUCAAUGAGAAUUGUCGCAUUGUUAGUCAUUGUAAUGUAAUAUUUGUACUGUCUAUACAAUAAUUAUGCGCUUAUAGGGUCAGACGUCUGAAAGUAUUGAGAAGGAAUAAAUAUUAAAUUUUUAAAUAUGCGACUAUAUGCAUAGGUUUCCUUCAUUGUGAAAUUUUAUUUGUAUUUACUCAUCAAUUGUUAGAUAAUUUGAAAUGUAAGUUAAAAUGAACUUUAAAUUGUUGAACAAUUAGAAAAAUGUCCAUUUUCCGAAAAAAAAAUAUUAAAUCGCUAUUUGAUGGUCAAUUAUAAUUUUAAUUUUUAAUUAAUAAAAACAGUUUUAGUUUAAAGAUAUGCCAUGCAAAGUCGAAAGGUCGAAAGAAAUCUGCUAGUAUGUACAUAAGUGGUAGUUAAGGGGUUACAUGGGCUUCGUAGAGCAAAAAACGCCCUACUUUAAAUAAUUUUUUAUAUAAAAUAUAAAAUAUUUUAUUCUUUUUCAAACUUUUUUUUUUAAUUUCUUAUUAUUGCGAAGAUACAUAUUUGAUAAAGAUUUUGUGAAAUUUUCAAAGGUAAAUAUUCAAAACUCGGUCAUUACGACGUCAUUUCCGGCGGUCCCACGGAAAAAGGGUGCAUGCGCGUUAAUAGCAGAACUUCUGACAUCAAAAGUAAAAAGAAAAAAAUACGUGUUUGACCUGAGAGCAUUAACUAGGUAUUGGAAGGAAAAAAAAACAAAUAAAGUGAAAAUUGUAUUUUUGUCAAUCGUUUCAAAAAAUAUAAAUUUUGGUGAAAAUUUCUCGACGUUUUCUUGUUUUAAACAAUUGUAAUUGGGUUAAAGACCUUGUAAAGGAUAUCUUAAAAACCUGACCGAAUUUCAUUAAUAUCGGUUGAGUAGUUCGCGAGAAACCUUGAUGACCGACUUUGAAAACACGGUUUCGAGAAAAACACGUUUAAAGUUUUAAGUUAUAUAUAAUAUAUAUACAAAUUUUUGAAUUUAAAAUGUUGAAAAAAUAGAAAAAAAUUAUUUCGCCGAAAUUCAAAAAUGUAUAUCUUUGAAACGAAAAAGAACACACCUCUGAAAAUUUCAGAAUUUCUUUAGAUAUGUUAGAGGUAUAAUAUAAAAAUUGUUGAGACCAAACUUUUACCACGACGGGUACUUUUUACAAUUUUGAAAAAUUUAAAAAUUUUUAAUUUUGGUAUUUUUUUUUCAAAAAAUUUUUUUUCUUAUACCUCUUAGUGUCCUCUAUGAACGCAGCAGCGUUUAUUUCAUAAUAUACAAUAGUUUCUGAAAUAUUGAAUAAAUAAACUCAUAAAAUCGGAAAAACAGUUAAAAUUUAAAUUUUGAAUAACUCUUUUGCAGAACUUAGUCUUAUGAUGAGACAAAACUCUCUGCCAAAAUUCAUCUAAAUUGGUGGUGGUCGCGUCCAACUAUUUGUCGAUUUGACAUGGAAUGACCCACAAAAAAAUUUUUUGUUUGAAGCCGUGAAACCGAUGUAACCUCUUUAGUCAAGAUAUUAAUUUUUUUCUGGAUUAAAAUGCAUUUAAGGGGUUAUAUUCACUUGCAAGUCAGAAAACACGAGUUUUUUCGUAAAUUUUUUUUAAGAAGCAUUUUUUUUUAUAUAUUUAAAUAAAAUUCUGGAUUCCCUCGAUCCCAUAGCCGAUCCCCAGGUAGACCUCUGAAAAAGAUGACGGCGGUGAGGAAGAUUUUUACACCCUUAACAGGGUAAGUUAGUUAAGGUCGGGGGGGGUUCUCCCCAACAAGCUGGUUGUUUGACGGAAACUCCGAUAUCGGAACAUUAUAGCAUAUAGCUGCCGUACAAACUGAACUAUCGGAAUCAAGUGCCUUUAUGGAAAACGUUUUCACUUGACGAAAUUUGGCAUGAGUUAUUGACUCGGACAACGGUGCAAUCACCAAAUAUAAUGGCCAGAUCGGAUCACUAUAGCAUAUAGCUGUCAUACAAAGAAUAAUCUCCGGAUCAAUUUCAAUCUCAAACUUAAAUUUUUCGACAUUCACAAGUGGAUAUAAUUCCGACGAUGGACUCUGUUGUUGUGCUUCUGGACAACACUCUCUCUUUAAUUAGCUUAUUAAACUGCUUGCUGACGAUCCAGCAAAUGUUAAACGACAAAUAAUGUUUUUUAAAUGGCCUUGAUAUAUGUAGAUGAUGGGUUAACACAACUGAACGAUUUAUGCUUAGAAUUGUGCUGAAUUGCGAUUUUCGAAACAUGCCCAACCAAAACUAUUCAAUAAAUCAUACACUGUCUGAGAUCAGCCUACUAAAGUUAAUCUUUUUGAAUCGAUUUAUUUUAUUUGAAAUAUUAUUUUUAUAUUUUAGAGUGGUAAAAUUUUAAUUAAUAAUUUUUUUUUAACAAACGGUACUUUAUGAUGGUAUUAGUCUUCUUUUUUCGAAAAAGCCUCAAGUAUCAAGCAAUCAGCAUAGAAGUUUAAAAACUACCACGUGUGAAAGCUUUCAACAGUUCCACGAUGAACUACUGAAAACAAGUAACGAAUUAAAAUUAAAAGCGAAACAAGUAAAGUGAGAUAAAAUGAAAUGUAAUUGACAUCAUCAUACUAACAUAUCUGUGUUUUAACUUAAAUAUACGUAAAAUCAAGUACCUUUUAAAUGCAAACUUAACGCGUAAGUACAAAAGCAUGUAAGUUUCUUUUAAUUUAAGCAUUCGUUAAAUGGUUGAAAUCAAAUUUAAUGGAAAUGUCAAUAAAGAUGUAAGAGUAGUUGUAGCUAAUGUAAAAGGAAAAUGUUGCUGUGUAUUUAAUUAAAAGAAAUAUACUCGUAAAUGAAUAAAUAAAAUAUUAAAUGUUUUGA